AGCAGUGGGAUGGAAAGAAAAGAAGGCGUCUGUGCUGGUGGCAUUGAUCCUGGAUUGCUAAUAAGCUUAGAGACAAAGCAGCAAGAGCUGGCUUCAUUUGAUGGGGCAGCAGCAGAGAACGUCCCCGCACGUUCUAACAGCAAGCAGCAAGCCUCUGUGGCUGCUACCUCCACAGGCGAUGUGCAGGAGAACGACUUAGAAGAUGCUGCUACCACAGAGGGAAACAACUUAAUUGCAGAGUGUAAGGCAGGACCAGCUUCAUCUGAAGAGGAUGUAAGUCUUCCUGCUGAACAGCUCCAGGAUCUUCAGCCAAAUGAGCAGGAGGAAAGUGAGUACAGUGAUCCAGAUGUUGCCAAGAGCACCUCUGGCAUGGCAGCUUCAGCACUUGUCCCGGGAGGAGCUUACAAAUUGCCAGGCAAUUUCACUGUGCCACCUGGGGAAAAUCAGGAGACACACAUCUGCAGCAACUUCCUGCAUGACAUUAAGCCUCAAAAUGGCAUGCAGAUGACACAGGGUGAGGCAGUGAAUAUGAAAUGCGUGGAAGCGCUGGAAGAAGAGUUGCAAGAUGCACAGCAGGAGAAGAAAGAGGCAGAACAUGGGUUAAUAGAGUACUUAAAAAAUGAAGUAAGCCAGGAUGACUGCUUGCAAACUGGCUCUCAACUAGACUCCAGCCACACAGACGAGGGAGGUGCAGAAGAGAAGAGUGACACAGUGUUAAGCACGGCAAAGACAGGUAACAAAAAGGCUGGAGGCAUCCCUGAAACAGGUACUGCAAGGAUGUUAGUCACCGGUGAAGGUGACUUAGCUCUAAUCACAAGCCCUGGAGAACAGGAGACAGCCCCGGACAAAAAUCCCUCUCCAGCUGUUCCUGGGAUGGAGCAGGGUGAGAGUCCUGCAUGUACAGAUCUCACUGCUGCUGAAAAUCAGCCAAGCAAGAAGAAUUCAGAACACGAAAGCUCACCGCAGGAUGCCAAAGGAAAGCUCUCGGCGCUGGCAUUAACUGAGCCUAAGAACAUUGACCUGGAUGAACUUCAGGACAUGGCUGUGGCAGGAUUACCUACUGAAAGCUCUUCUGGGGCAGGUGAUGAUACACAGUUGGCUCCUCCUCUUGAUCCUUCUGAGCAACCUGUUUCUGCUGCCUAUGGAAAUGUUGACCCCGUGGGUGCUUCUGAGCUGACUGCAGCAAGCACUUGCACGCCCAGCAGCUGCACAGCAGUGGAUGACCUUGAGCCUCAGGAUGUGCCUUUGGCUGCGGCCCCUGCUGGUGCUGUAGAACUGCCUGCUCAACAAACCGAGGCCUUCCCAAGGGAGAAAAAGAGGAGCUCUGACUCUGAAGAAGCAUUCGAGACCCCGGAGUCCACUACCCCGGUAAAGGCACCACCUUCACCUCCACAGCCGCCUCCUGAAGCGGUGGUGGCAGCAGCAGCAGUGGUCGCAGACGUAGCAGAGCAAGAGAUAAAAGCCCAGCUGCCCUCAGAGGACACAGGGCUAUGUCCAGAAGCUGUAGCUGUAACUGAUGUGUCACAGGGUGAGCCAGCUGAAGAGAGCCCUUUCCGACCCCCUUCCCAUUCCUUUUCCACCGUCUUCGACGAGGACAAGCCCAUAGCCAGCAGUGGGACUUACAACUUGGACUUCGAUAACAUUGAGUUGAUUGAUUCCCUCCAUGCCUUAGGACCAAGUUCUCCAGACUCCAAGAAUCGUGACCCCAAAGUGAAUGUUAGAAGGAAGUCUACUGACUCAGUCCCAGUUUCCAAGUCCACCUUGUCUCGCUCUCUCAGCCUGCAAGCUGGGGAUUUCGAUGGAGCGGCUUACCUUGGCAACAGCGAGACCUUAGCGCCGACAGCGGAUGCCUACGGGACCGGCUCAAGUAGUGCUUCCAGCACUCUGAAGAGAACAAAGAAACCCAGACCAGCUUCCUUCAAAAAGAAGCAGACAGCAAAGAAAGCUCUGGAUGCUCCAGCAGUGAAGGAGACGCCACAAGAACCGUCUGACCUUGGCCAAGCAGCUUGUGCCCUGGGUGAGGAGACAGCAGAGGCAAAGGCUGACUCGGUAAAACCUGAAUGUACUGAACCUUCUAAGAUCUCUGCUGAGAAACAGGAGGCCCCAGCUGUGCCUGAGGGAUCCUACCCUUUGGGUCCAGACAGUUGUGAAGGGAUUAGUGCAGCUGGAGGUGGCAAGGUGCAGAACUCUCCCCCUGCCUGUAGGAAAACUCUACCUCUUACAACGGCCCCAGAGGCUGGGGAGGUGACUCCGCCUGACACCGGGGGCCAGGAGGAUCCUCCGGUCAAAGGCAUCGCAGUGAGGCUGGAGUUUGAUUAUUCUGAAGAAAAAGGGGUGAGUGAAGAGCAGCAGGAGAGCACUCCUCCUCCCAAAAAGGCAGGUAAAAAGCCUGGUGCUAAAAUGCCACUACGGAGGCCAAAGACUAAAAAAGCAGUGGACAAGCUUGACAGUGCUCCACCCACACCCACCAAGGCACCCACUGACCCCAACGAGAUCCCCAUCACAAAAGGCUCUUACACUUUUGAUAUUGACAAGUGGGAUGAUCCCAAUUUUGACCCUUUCUCAUCAAGUACAAAAAUGCAGGACUCGCCCAAACUGCCUCAGCAAACGUACAGCUUUGAGCCGGACAUGUGUGAGGACUCUGUUGACCCUUUUAAGUCUUCUUCUAAGCUAGGCAGCUCACCCUCCAAAUCUCCAGCUUCCUUUGAGAUACCAGCCAGUGCCAACGAGACAAAUGGAACUGAAGGAGACAGCCUGAGCAAACCUGCCAAAAAGAAGAAGACGCCACUGAAAACGAUGGUAGAAGAUGUGAUGUCUGUGUGUUCUCUGUUUGAUACAUUUAGGGUGAAAAAAUCACCAAAAAGAUCCCCGCUCUCAGAUCCUCCUUCCCAGGAUUCCACUCCGCUGCCUACUCCAGAAACACCUCCGGUCAUAUCCGCGGUGGUUCAUGCCACAGAUGAGGAGAAACUGGCAUCUACAGUGACCAGUCAGAAGUGGACCUGCAUGACUGUGGACCUGAACACGGAUAAGCAGGACUACCCACAGCCCUCUGACCUGUCUACGUUUGUCAAUGAGACCAAGUUCAGCUCCCCUGCAGAGGAGUUGGAAUAUGGCAACUCAUAUGAAAUAGAAUAUAUGGAGAAAAUAGGCUCCUCUGUGCCUCAGGACGAUAGCACCCUGAAGAAGCAGUCUUUGUACCUAAUGUUUGAUGCCCAGCAGGAGAGCCCAGUGAAAUCUCCUGCCACCAGGCUCUCUGAUUCCACAACGCCUUGCUCAGGGUCAAGUUUUGAAGACCCUGAGUCCCAGCAAUCCUCUGGACUGAAAAUACAACACCCGGCUUCCAGAGUCCUAGCUGCCAGCCAAGAGGCACACUUACAACCACCUGACAAGGCCAAGCAAAAAGACCUGGAGCCCAUGACCCUAGGAACAACCCCAGAGGCUAUUGAAAUAACAUCUCCUGAAGACUCCUUUGUCUCUGCUGAUGCUCUUCUCAAUAGGAUAUCUAAGAAAACCUCACUGUGUGAUCAGUCUGAAUAUCUAGAGCCUGACUUAGCAGAAAAGAACCCCCCAGUCUUUGCUCAGAAACUUCAGAGAGACCCUGCAGACCUUCCCAUCUCUAAAAGUGCACUCUACUCCCGCAUCGGCGCCUCGGACUCAGACAGCACCAGCAGCCUCCUCUACCCCCAGCAAGACUUAGACUCUGCACUACGACUUGCCAGAGCAGAGAUUGUGGCCAAGGAAAGAGAAGUAUCUGAGUGGAAAGAGAAAUAUGAAGAAAGCAGAAGGGAAGUGAUGGAGAUGAGGAAGAUCGUUUCGGAAUACGAGAAGACGAUUGCUCAGAUGAUAGAGGAUGAACAGAGAGAGAAAUCUGUCUCCCAUCACACUGUUCAGCAGCUGAUAGUGGAGAAGGAGCAAGCUCUGGCAGAUCUGAACUCAGUGGAGAAAUCCCUGGCAGAUCUUUUCAGGAGAUAUGAGAAAAUGAAAGAAGUCCUGGAGGGGUUUCGGAAGAAUGAAGAAGUGUUAAAGAAAUGUGCACAGGAGUACUUGUCCCGAGUGAAGAAGGAGGAGCAGAGGUACCAAGCACUCAAAAUCCACGCUGAGGAAAAACUGGACAGAGCCAAUGCUGAAAUUGCACAAGUGAGAGGCAAGGCCCAGCAAGAGCAAGCAGCCUAUCAGGCCAGCCUUCGUAAAGAGCAGCUGAAAGUGGACGCCUUGGAACGAACACUGGAACAAAAGAAUAAAGAGAUAGAAGAACUAACCAAGAUCUGUGAUGAACUGAUUGCCAAAAUGGGGAAAAGCUAACUUUGAACCAAAUGUCUGGACUGGGAUCCUGAGUGCAAUAUGACCACUGGCACACUGACGUCCAAUGCCUCGCGGUGGACAGGUUCUAUUUUCACUUUUUUUCGUAUGCACUACUGUAUUUCCUUUCUAAAUAAAGUUGAUUUAAUUGUAUGCAGUACUGAGAUGACUAUCAGAAUUUCUUGCUAUUGUUUGCAAUUUUCAUAGUAUAAUUCAUAGCAAGUUGAUCUCAAAAGUUCCUGUAUCAGGGAGAGAUUGUCGAGAAGAGAUGACGAAUUGCUGACCCUGGCCUUCCCUUUGUACAUGAGUUCCCAUGUUGGAUGUCUUUGGGAUUGAAUAUGAAGAUGUAUUACUUUGCAUGGGGACUCUUGCCUUAAGGAGUGUAAACUGAUUUGUAAAAUAAAGUUUAAAAGGAAAAAAAAAAGCCCAAAUAAAAGCAAACAAACAGAAGAAAGGAAGCCCCAGAAGGCAGCGCAUGUCACGUCGGUGAAGUUCUUUGCUGUAAAUAAACCUUUCCGUGGAACGCUGGA